AUGGCUCGGUCAGACUUUUUGCAAAGAGACUCUCAGAGAUUUACGAAGCACCUGAGGCGAACACUCUCAUUGCUCGAGACGCAGCAAGACGAAAAAUUGAGCAGCGGUAGACGGUAUUCGAAGAGUUGGUUCUCAUCCUCGAGGAACCCUCUGUGCUUUAAGAAGUACAAGGGUACGGUUGACGGCGAAGCCAUCCACGAAGACUCGAAAGAUGAUACGCCCACGCAACCGCUACAUCAGUUUCACUACUUCUCACAACUACCUCCCGAGAUCCGCGAGCUGAUUUAUCGGGAGUUCUGGGCAGUCGCUGGCGUCAAAAGACAUAUGUUCCUCCACGAGCACAAGACCACUUACUCUCCGUGUAUCACGGACCAUACGGCGCCGGAUGAGCGGCAGAUCGGGGUCGCCAAGGCUUUUGAGGAAUCCGGCAGCGACGCCAAGGUGCAGCUGCAUCCGGAGUGGUACAAGAGGAUGACUUCGAAAUGGUGCAACCACUGGAGAUGCGAGAGGUUGUGGGAGGACGUGCGAGACGGCAGGAAGAUUGACGCGCAUAAGACGCACAAAGCCCUCCAGCGCAUCUUUCGGUCUCCGCCGGUUGCCUACCUGUACGAAGCUACGUACAUCAACAUCUCGCUCCGCGAAGACAGCGGCAGCUGGCUUUACCUCAACGGCGGGUCCUUGUGGCACAUACUCUCGGAGCACGGCUGCAAGAUGACGCGCACCUAUCUCUGGCUCGACGCCGAAUGCCCCGUCACGCGCCGGCUGCUGACCGAGUACCGAGAGCUGUUCAGCAAUGUGCCGUCCGCCAUGGCGCGGCGGCUGACAGUCGACCUGCCCUGCGACGCGCACGACGGCUUCUGGGCGUGGGGCGAGGUCGAAAUGGAGAAAAAGAAUGGCAGCGCCGGCGGGUACCGUGACCAUGGGACGGAGUGGCUGACGCCGCUGGUGCCCAAGUUCGCGGUCGUCGCGCGGGGACGGCAGAGGUACAACGAGACAUCCGGGGGAUACGUGAGCAGCGUAGACCAGGGGCGGCCGAAGCGGAGGGUCCUGCGGGCGAGUAACCCGUUUGAGGACGUUUUGCUGUACGGGAGAGAGUUUCUGGAAACUGCGCAUGCCUGGAGGGGAGAGGAUUCGAAGAAACCGAUUAACGCAAUACGAUGA